CUUGUCGUUACAUAGAAUAUUAUCACCAAUGUUUGGUCUUGGCUGUUAAUUAUUUGUACUUUUGGAUUUGUUUUAACCAUUUUACAACAUCUGUCGGUCUAAAUUGUAAUGUAUUGCUGCUGUUUUGCAAACUACACAUAUAACUCGGAUAAUUAGCCUCUGGAAGCCUAGUUAAUCGAGGAAUGAUUAUGUUCUUAGUCAUUCAAAAAUGCCAAACGAUGCCUGUUUCAAAGACAGGCUAGUUACUCCCUUUGAAGUCAUCGUCUCUAGAAACUUAAUAGAGAGCAACCUUAGUCUGUUGCUAACAGAAAGUCUGGACGCCAGAAACUCAGCGCAAUGCAACCAAAUCAUUCGUUACUUUCCACCUCAUUUGAAGGCAGGUAAAGGUGCCGACUCGUGGGCUCUCUUGGGCUCCAUUCAUGGCCUACAUCCUCCCACAUCAUGAAACACGCAGAAUUGUUACACCCUUUUUCAUCAUGGAGAAAAUCAAUCGGCUGAAGUGAGUACGAUGGCAUGCAGCGGCGUUAUGCGUAAGUUUAAGUGACGAAAAGUUGGAACCAACUUCACAACCUGGGGUUGUGCUGUCUAGGUUAAAUACUGGUAGGCGACCUGGUGAGUGUGUAACGUACGAAGCAUUCUGGAUCUCACAAAUAGAAAUAUCCCUCUUGAAACACCUUUGUACUUUCUAAAGGAACCCGAGACGAAUAACACAUGAAAGAGCGAACAUCCAGACAGGAUCACGCUUCUCAUUACCGGUCGGCGCUACAUGGGACUCUCUUCCAAAGGGUAUGACAACAGCCAUCAGUGAAGCAUCUCGAGAGAAGAUUUUGUAAAUAUGCACAUACUAAUGGUUAGCCGUCUUUCGCGUGGAACAACGUGUGAUAUGUUAGCCGCGUCAGAUCCUAGGAGACCCAAUAAACUUCGAAGAUUCGUCCCAUUAUCACAGGAUGCCCCUCCACUAGACCAAACUAUAGACUAUCUUAAUUUUUUCGGAAUAGUCUUAAGCAUGUGUGGACUGUUGUUUGAAAUGAAGUUUGCUGCUUGGUUGGCCGUCGUUUGUGCUUUCAUAACGUAUGCCAACUCAAGAACUGGGGAAGAUACAAAACAGCUGAUCAGUGGCUUCAUGUUGUCUAUCAGCGCACUUAUAAUAUUCAAUAAGCGUGUUAUAUAUGUUGGGGGACUAUCAGAGCAAGUUGAUGUACCUCUUGUUCGUGCGGCGUUUAUCCCUUUUGGAGACAUAGUUAGUAUUAAUAUGCCCAUGGACUAUCAAACUGAAAAACACAGAGGUUUCGCUUUUGUUGAAUUUGAAGAAGUUGAGGAUGCUAUGAGUGCCAUUGAUAAUAUGAAUGAAAGUGAAAUAUUCGGGCGUACCAUCCGUGUUAAUGUGGCAAGACCAGUACGCAUACGGGAGGGUUGGAGUCGACCUGUCUGGUCGGACGAGAAUUGGUUAAAGAAAUAUGGCAGUGCUCCAUUAGAAGGACGAAAACUGGAUGAACCUGAUAUCGUCAACCCAUCAGAUUCUGCAGAAAAUGUUGAAGACUUGAGUGACGAAGAAAUGCGAACCAAAAAACAAAAACGAAAUCUUCCUCGGGUAUUCUUCGAUAUUCGAAUUGGAAACGGAGAUGCUGGUCGUAUAGUGAUGGAGCUUCGGUCAGAUAUUGUUCCGAGAACUGCUGAGAACUUCCGUGCCUUGUGUACAGGAGAACGUGGAUUCGGUUAUCACAAUUGUUGUUUCCAUCGAGUUAUACCACAAUUCAUGUGUCAAGGAGGCGAUUUUGUAAAAGGGGAUGGGACCGGUGGCAAAUCAAUAUAUGGACGUAAAUUCGAUGAUGAAAACUUCCAACUCCGACAUGAAGGGUUCGGUGUUCUUUCCAUGGCGAAUUCUGGACCAAAUACAAAUGGAUCUCAGUUCUUCAUUUGCACAACAAAAUGCGAUUGGCUUGAUGGCAAACAUGUUGUUUUUGGUCGAGUAGUGGAUGGACAAAAUGUCGUAAAAAAGAUGGAGUCCGUUGGAUCGAAAUCUGGUAAGGUCAAAGAACCCGUUAUUAUUUCUCGGUGUGGAGAAUUAAUUUAA